ACACAUACACACACACACACACACACGUAGUGAGUCCUCUUGUAUUCUGGUAAAAGUUCCUGCCCUUUUCCAGCUUCACUUUUUGUCGGAAUGUACACUCGAUAGACUGUAUCUUCUAAUUAUUCCCGGAUAUCCUGAAGGAUUUCUGUUCCGGCUCUGGGUGAGGUGAGGUGAGAAUGUGGAAGAGGAGGAUGAUGCUGUUUAACACGAUUGUGCUGGGCUUACUGUACAUGGCACCAGUUGGCCAGACACAGGAUUGUCACAAAAUUAUAGAAUGCCCCAUAGACCUGUACUUCGUUAUCGAUACAUCAGAGACCAUCGCUCUCCAGGAGCCUCCACCAGGUAGCCUGGUUAACAGUGUUACAAAUUUCACCAAGAAAUUUGUUGAACGACUGGAAGAUAUUGAUUACAAGCACAGGGUGAAGAUUACCUGGAAUGUGGGUGGACUCCACUUCUCCAUGACACAGCCGAUCAUUAGCAAACUCACCAACAAGCAAGACUUCAUCACAAAAUUAAAGCUGAUCAGUUAUUUAGGCAAGGGCACCUUCAUUGACUGCGCCCUCAAGAAAAUGUCUGAGGAGAUUAUGAUUAUACCAUCUGAUCCUACGAUCAAGAGACAGCGCUUUGCCGUUGUCAUCACAGACGGCCAUGUGACUGGAAACCCCUGUGAAGGCAUCAAGGUGGCAGCAGAGCGGGCUCGAGACAAGGGCAUUAAGAUAUUUUCCAUAGCAUCAUCUAACAAGCUGGAGGAAAUAGGCCUCAGAGAAAUUGCUAAUAGUCCUGUUGGAGUUUACCGCAGCAACUACAUGGCUGUUGAUCUCUCCAAAGGACGACCUGAGCUUUUAACAAACCAUAUUGACCGCAUUUACAACACCAUGCUACAUCUCGCUUAUCAAGAGUGCUACAGUGUGAAAUGUCUUCCAACACCUGGACCCCCUGGUCCCGUUGGUCCCAGGGGACAGAAAGGUGCUAAAGGAGACAGUGGUCCUACAGGUCCCAAAGGUGACAGAGGUCACCCUGGUGAUCCUGGUAUUGAAGGUCCUAUUGGUUACCCUGGACCGAAAGGAGAACAUGGUUUCAAAGGUGAAAAGGGAGAAAUUGGCUCACAAGGAAGGAAGGGAGUUUCAGGGGUGUCAGGACGCAAUGGCACUGAUGGUCAAAAGGGCAAAAUUGGUCGCAUUGGGGCUCCUGGCUGUAAAGGUGAACCAGGUGGCCCGGGUCCUCAUGGUUAUUCAGGAGAUGUUGGACAGAGUGGCCCAAAAGGAAGUCCUGGAGAGAAGGGAGAUCCAGGUCGACCUGGGAGAUCAGGGCCAGCUGGACCUCCAGGAGACCCUGGUCCCAAGGGUGAGAGAGGUAGUCCAGGCACACCAGGUGCCCCAGGGCAGAAGGGCCCUAAAGGGACAGUUGGAGACCCUGGCCCUAAGGGCGACCCUGGAAGAAGAGGAGACUAUGGACCAAAGGGAGGUCAAGGACCAGAUGGGCCAAAAGGAGAGAAGGGUGAACCAGGACCUGAAGGUCUAAGAGGGCUUCCAGGUGAAGGUGGCAAUAAAGGAACCAAGGGAGAUCCAGGACUUCCAGGACCAAGAGGUCCACCAGGACAAAUCGGAGAGCCAGGAAGAAAUGGGAGCCGUGGUGACCCUGGUGAUGCUGGCCCAAGAGGAGACCCAGGACCCCCAGGACCAAAAGGUGACAUUGGCAGACCAGGAUUCAGUUACCCUGGACCAAGAGGACCAACGGGUGACCAAGGAGACAAAGGUAGACCUGGAGCUCAGGGAAGCAGAGGAGACUGUGGUCAAAAGGGAGAGCCGGGAGAGAAAGGACUACCAGGAGAGCCUGGAGAAUCUGGACCUCAAGGUGAGCCUGGACCAAGGGGGCCUCCGGGAGAUAAAGGUCGAGAUGGUGACAGUGGUCCAGAGGGAGACCCAGGCCUUACAGAAUGUGAUGUCAUGAACUAUAUCAGAGAGACCUGUGGGUGUUGUGAUUGUGAGAAGAGAUGUGGAGCAUUGGAUAUUGUAUUUGUGAUUGACAGCUCUGAGAGUGUUGGACUAACAAACUUCACCCUGGAGAAGAACUUUGUCAUCAGCACCAUCAACAGAUUGGGCUCAAUGGCUAAGGACCCAUUAUCAGAGACAGGAACACGUGUUGGUGUGGUCCAGUACAGUCACAGUGGAACCUUCCAAGCCAUCCAGCUAAACGACUCCAAGAUCGAUUCCCUUUCAGCUUUCAAAGAUGCUGUGAAGAAUCUGGAGUGGAUUGCUGGUGGCACAUGGACUCCGUCUGCCCUGAAAUUUGCCUAUGACAACCUGAUUCGUGAUAGUCGACGUGCCAAGGCUAAAGUGACUGUGGUUGUAAUUACAGAUGGUCGCUAUGAUCCCCGGGAUCAAGACUUACUGCUAACGUCCUUCUGCAACAACAACAAUAUUGAUGUAACAGCCAUUGGUGUUGGAGACAUGUUUGACAAGAAUGCGGAAUCUGAGAAAUUGACAUCCAUUGCCUGUAACAAGAAAGAUAAGGUGAUGGGCAUGAAGCAGUUUUCUGAACUGGUGGCAGAGGAAUUCAUAGACAAGAUGGAGACUGUUCUUUGCCCGAACCCAGUGAUUGUCUGCCCUGACCUUCCAUGCAAAACUGAUUUGUCAUCUCAUUGGAAUGGGUACCCCAUACAUGGAUUCAUUGCAGAGGAAGGGACAAACAGCGUUGUCCCAACUACUGUCUCAAACAUCUCAAACUUAAUCAACUCUCUGCAGGAGGUCAAGACCCCCGAUGCCUACACCACGGCUGUAGCCACAAUGGCUUACACAGCCCAGAGAGCCAAGCUCGCCACCGGACACGAGAGACAGCAGUGGACUAAUUUGUUCAUUGACUCUUUCAGAGUUGUCUUUGGCGAUCUCCUGGGUGACCCUAACAAAGCCUUGGGGUUGUGUUAGGCAAUGUCAGCUCAUUAUUUGGCUAAGCUGGGCUGUUAAAAAGUGGCUAUGGCUUUAUAUUUUUUAGUGGCGAAAACUGGUUGCAUCUUGGCCUCGCUAGAAGAUUAUGUGAAAAGAAAAUGAAAUUAUAUAUAAUUACUACAAACAUCUAAAGCUUGCUGAACUAACAUUAAUUUGAGACAUCUGUAUUCAGGGCUAAAAUACACAAUGGCCACUUAGGCGAUUAGUAAUAAGCAUGAUAAUGACAUAACCAUGACAUUUUGUUUACUUAGAUGAAACUUUAUGACGUUUAAUAUGGAAGCCUCUUUCUCCUGACCUCAGUGCCUGCUGCUUUGUGAAAUACUUUUACAUUGUUAUUUUUUAUAUACUUGAACAAGGUUAAGAGAUAGAAUUACGGCAUUCUGACUGAGCCUGCACAACUUAAAUGUUAUGAAUCUGGACUAAACUGCUUAAGGCCUUUGGAUAUAGGGGGCAUUUUGGUUCUACAGACGGACACAUUCAGCAGUUUUCAAUAAUCAGCUGAGAUAUCACAGUGAUAACCAAAACUCAUGUUAUGUGUAAAUAUUGCAUUUUGAGUAAACCACACUACAAUUUUCUCAUAAAGUUUUGUACUUUGCACAGUACUGAUGGGCAUUAUUUCCUUGAUGGCCUAUAAGUAAUUAUACAAUACAUGUUUUGCAUUCAUGACUAAAUACGUAACAUCACUGCCAUUUCCAUUCGUACAGUAAUUAACUUUUAAUUUACUUUAAUUUGGGGUAUAAUUUUAAAUUACUGUAGAGCACAUUGUAGGAUUAAGGAUUUGAAAGCUGACUUCAAAUAAAUCUAUGCAAUUCUAGGAAGAGUAGGCUGAAAACAUGUCCUGUGAGGUAAAUGGUUAAGAACAUGAGGAAUAAUUUCGAUGAUUAAAAACUUAAAACUAAGAAUACAAGUUGAUGCAAAUAUUGGCUCACAUUAUUCUAUGUGAUAACGCUGUACAUUAAAUGUGCAAUUAGAAAAAGAGCUCGAAGACUGCAAGAAUGUAUCAAAUAAACAUAUAUUGCAAACAAAUUAAGUUUUAAUUUAAUUAUUGUCUACUUGUUUUAGCACUACUAUUUCCGAAUAGAAGCUGUCCCUGUUGUUUAAACCCAAAUAUACACCAUCAGAUAUAUUCGUGUCAGAUCUGUUAUGUUUAUUUUGACCAUUGCAUGGUUCUGACACUCUUUUAGAGUCACAUGGCUGAUGCAAAAAGGAUUCAUGGGUAUUGCUUGUUACUGUAGCUGAUUUGGACCAGUGCACAAUCAAAGGACAAUUCCGGCAUUAAACUAGCAUCUAAUAUUUUAUUUGUCAUGGUAUGUAGUAUUCUGUUGUGCAGGAUGGUAUUGCUCACUGUCUGCGUUUUAACAGUAUUCAUGAUUUUAUGUCGUUUUCCUUUUUUCACCCAUCAAAAUAGUGAAAGCUAAGUGUAGUUGUCUCCCCUUCCCAUUCUCAUGGAAAUU